GAUACAACAAGAAUAUAUCAAUCAAACCCUUUACUUAUCAUAUCAAAAACUAACAACUUUUUAUUUAUAUGAAGCCUAUUUUGAUAAAGAGAAAGACAAGAAAGACUAUAUCAUUGUUUGA